CCGAUUACUGAUGAUGGUAUCAACACCAAGGAGUUCCUGGACGCGGCCAGCGGCGCUGUUGACGAAAUUCCAAAUCUAGAUGAGUUGGGCUCGACUGCGUUUGCACCAGUCAAGUCGGACAUUAGCGGCAAUAUUGCCAAGGUCCAGGCCAAGCUUAACAGCGACCCUGUCAAGUACAAUACACUCGAAAAGAUCGUCCUUGAUGAGGCGGGUACCAAGGAUCGCACUGCCACGCAGGGUCUGUUGUGGUUGAAGAGGGGACUCGAGUUCACCGCUCUAGGUCUGAGCAAGAACCUGUCGAACACGUCGGAGGAGCUGUCCAAGUCGUUCACGGAUGCGUACCAGGCGACGCUGAAGCAGUUCCACAACUUUGUGGUCAAGGGCGUGUUCAGCCUGGCUAUGAAGGCGUGCCCGUACCGCAAGGACUUUUAUGUCAAGCUGGGCGGCGACAACGACCAGGUAUACGGUGAGCUGAAGGUGUGGGUCGAUGCGCUCCAAACGCAGCUUAACCAGCUCAACGUACUGUACGCCAAGGGAUCGUACGACAAGGGUCUGUAG